GAAGUCAAAACAACAGCUGGAAAACAUUGCGGUGCGUGAUCUUUACGAGCUCGUGCGGUGUUCCGUGAUUGCAUAAACAGUCUAGUGUUAAAAGAAUCCGGAUGGCGUCGUUGGCCAGAUUGUUCCAAAAUUUGGCUAUCAAACCCAUUGCCAGUGAUGUGCGUACUCUAAGGGUGUCGUACAUUUCCACGGAAAGCUUGGCCCGGGUGAUGAAUAAACCCAAACCGGGAACGGGGAAAGCCUAUCGUAGGAUCGUCCACUAUCCGGAGCAAUACACCGUGGAACCGCUGAAGGUAACUAAUUUGGCCGGUCGCGAUCCCGAUACGGGACGGCUGAUAGCGAAGGGCAUUGGCGGUGGCAUCAAGCAUAAGUACCAUUGGGUCAAGUGGGUUCGCGAUGGACCUCUGGAAGGGCCACCCCAGGUCGAGAAGGUUAUUGACGUGAUACACGAUGGCUGCCGGACGGCGAAAGUGGCACUGGUCGCCGUGGGAGAUGAACUGAAGUACAUCAUUGCGACGGAAAAUAUGAAGGCGGGAGAUCUGAUCAAAACAUCGAGAUUCAUCCCUAGGAUCCCAGUACGUGCCAAUGAGGGAGACGCUUAUCCACUGGGAGCCCUUCAGGUCGGAACGCAAAUUCACUGCUUGGAAAAAUAUCCCGGCCAGCCCUGCCAUCUGAUUCAUUCGGCCGGAACGUACGGAACCAUUCUGCGUAAAUUUGGCGACCUGGUAGUGGUUCAACUUCCCUCGAAGCAAGAAUUCGCUUUCCAUCAAACGUGCAUGGCAACGGUUGGGCGCGUCUCUAACAUCUACCACAACAAAACUCCGAUUGGUUCGGCUCAGAAGAAUCGCGAGCUGGGUAAUCGACCUCGGUCGGGAUUGUGGCACCGGAAGGACGGCCGACAUGGACGUAAGAUUCGCAAGUUACCGCCCAUGCGUGUGAUUGCGCCUCCUUCGGACCCCUCCGCCGAACCGAUUAUCUUCACCGUUAAAGUGUAACGGGGUGACAUUAAAUAAAUAAAUGCAUUAUGUCUAUAUAGAA